GAAACCAAGAUGGCGUCCGUUGCUGGCUGACGAGGAGAGAAACGUGAACUACGACUUUAAACAUGGAAAAACCUACAGUUGAGCAAGUAAAAAACGUCAUCAGUACCCUUUAUUCUAACCCCGAUCCUCACAGCAAAGAAAGAGCUUCAGAAUGGCUUGGAACUUUACAGCGAUCGGUUUUUGCUUGGGAAAUAUCAGAUCAGCUGUUAAUGCAAAACGUCAAUGUAGAAACCACUUAUUUCGCAGCUCAGACAAUGAGAACUAAGGUCCAAUAUUGUUUGAGUGAACUUCCACCUACACAAUAUCAGUCUCUCAAAGAAUCUAUUAUCAAUCAUCUAUCUAAUGUUCAAAGUGUAUCACAGGCCAUAGUAACUCAGUCUACAUGCUUAGAAAAGUGUCCUGCCGAUGAGAAGAUUAGAGUCAAGAUUUUCCGCUGUGCAGGAAGCUGGAUUAUACUGGGUGCUUUUCCACCCUUAGAAAUUGCCAAUAGCAAACUUUUAUCUGCAACUUUUGAAAUCUUAUCUAAUCCUUCUUCACAAAUCAGUGACAUUCUUCAUGAAGCUGCUGCAGAUUUUGUUUGCAAUGCACUUUAUACUUCUGAGGAUCUUGCUAAACAUCAUGAACUUGCUGCGGCGUUGUUUAAUAAAGUCAUGACACUACCAGCAGCAUAUGAAUCGGCAGUCAGUGAUGAAGACUUUGACAGAUCUUUAAACUUAUGUCGUGUUUUUACUGAAAUGGGUGAAUCAUUCCUAGAACAAAUAGUCAACAUGCCUGGCAAGGACCUUGGUGAUUUAAGAAGUCUUACCAUUUUAUUAACCUGCGUACAACAUAAUCAGUAUGAGAUUGCAGAAGUAACAUUCAACUUUUGGUACCGUCUUUCUGAGGCAAUCUUUAAAAGACAAGACGAAUCUCAAAUCAACUUAUUUAAACCAUACUUUGGAAAACUUGUAGAAGCACUCAGCUUACACUGCAGAAUGGAACCUGACCAUGAAGGGAUCCCAGAAGAUGAUAAUGAAUUCAGUGAAUUUAGAGAAAGAGUGGCUGAUUUAAUCAAAGAUUGUGUCUUUAUUGUUGGUUCAACCAACUGUUUUAAUCAGAUGUAUGCUAGUCUCAUUAGCCAACAAAACAGUCAUUCCUGGGAAAUCUCAGAAUCUAUUCUUUUUGUCAUGGCAACUGUAGCCAGAUCUGUAAGCCUAGAGUCUGAAGUUGUUGCCCAGUUCCUUCCAGUAAUCUUAAACCUUCCACCCAAUGUCCAUCAUGCUGUCAAGUACACAAGUAUACGUGUGAUUGGGGAACUAGCAGAAUGGAUAGAAAAACACCCAGAUUUUAUAGAUCCUUUAAUGCAGUUUUUAUUGACAUGCGUCCAAACAAAAGACCUGGCAUCUGUCAGUGCAUCAGCAAUAGAGAGUAUAUGCAUGUCUUGUUCUAAUGAAAUGGCCCGGCAUUUUGAUGUCCUUGCUCAGGUUAUUGUUGCAACAGAUUCUUUGAGCAUAUCAGGAGAAGCAACUCUGGGGAUGAUUAAAGGUGUUAGUAAAAUACUAGAAGGACUUACCUCUUCGGAUAAAGUCACUGAAGGUUUUCGACGGCUGUGUAUAGCUCAGGCCAAUGCACUCUCACAAAUUGCUAAUGAGCCACACCCUUCUGCAGACCCUAUAAUAUGGCUUGAUCGUCUCGCUGCAGUCUUCAGAUUUACUAAUUGCAAAGUUGAAAAUGGCGGAGCACAUCCCUGUCAAGUAGUAAUUGAAGAGAUCUGGCCAGUCAUAUCAAGCAUAUGCGACAAGUAUCAAAAGGAAAAUAGAAUCAUAGAGCGAGGAUGCAGAUGUAUUCGGUUUGCUAUCCGAUGCAUUGGUAAAUCAGCAAGGAAUCUUCUUUCACCUCUAGUGACUCAGAUGGUUAGCAUCUAUACAGCCCACAAGCACUCUUGCUUUCUAUAUCUCGCCAGUAUCUUAGUGGAUGAAUAUGGAGAUGAAAAGGCUUGUGUACCUGGCUUGCUUGAGAUGACAAAGGCAAUGUCAAUACCAACAUUUCAGUUAUUAAGCAAAGAGAAUGGUCUGGUAUCACAUCCAGAUGCCAUAGACGACUUGUACAGACUCAGUUCUAGAUGCCUACAGAAGUUUCCAUUGGAAUUUCUCAAAUGUGACAUUGCCAGUCCAGCCAUCCAGUGUGCCAUUGCUGCAUCAACCCUGCAGCACAGAGAAGCUAAUGCUUCUGUCAUGAAAUUUUUGAGGGAACUCUUUCAUGCUGCCGAUGAAGUCGAUCAAGAGCAUAAGCAACAGUGUCAUGUUCUCGUUCGACAAAUACUUUCGACCCACGGGGAAGCAAUAGUUAAAGGUCUAGUGGAUGCGUGUGCUGGAGCACUACCUACCUAURUGGUUCCUGAUGUGGCUGACGUCUUAUGGGAACUGCUGUCUUUCUGCCGACAGGAAACUCUUCAAUGGGUUGCUCAGGCGUUGCAUAAACUACCCACUCAGGCUGCACCUGGUCACUUGAUAGCCACUCCUGAUCAAUUACAUGAAUUCCACCAGGCACUCUCAGAUGCAACUUCAAAGAACAUUGUGUGGAAGGCAGCCAAGACUUUUUCGCGACUCUUCUUGUAAUAAGUCAAAGGAUAGUGAGAACAGGCAAUAAUACCAAGAUUGCAAUAGGUGUUGCAAGAUGCAAUCAGAUAGGCCCCAUUAAGUAUCAUCAAGAACUAGGUGCACAAUUGCCUAAAGUAAGUUAUUUUGCAGCCUGAAGUGUGCUGCCAUCCAAGUCUCUCUAUUAUGACAGUGCAACAUGGUCAGGAGCUGCAUGAAAUGAGCAAAGAAAAUAAGAACAGUCUCAGUGGGAAGAGAGACUUUAGAAUUGCUUCCAACUUCUUUUAGACAGUCAACAUCUUGGGUGUAUUUUAGGCCAAAUACAAAUGCUGAUUUUCACAUGGGCCCAACUUUUUUUUCAAUGCAUACAGCUUAUGUAAAGUUCAACCUUUGACCCGAUCCUUACCAUCAUAGAACAACAGGAACUACAGUAGUUCUUACUGGUUCAUGAUGAACCAGAAUUGUUAUUAAAAGUUUUAAGUUUCUUUUCAUCAAAUACAUUCCCUGAGGUUUUAAUGGCUUAGCCGAAGUGAGAUGUUCCCUUCAAAGCUUGUACAGCCAAGAGGGAUGGAGGAAAAAAAUGAGACAUUCAAACUAUUACAAACUUGUUAAGAGGGAAGGACGGUGCACUCUAUUGUUAUUUACAUCUUUCAAAGACAAUGCACUGACAGGUAUAAAAGGGUUUGUAAAUAUCUGAUAACCAAUCAAUCUGGCAACAGUCUUGAUAAGUUCUCUUAAUCCCUGACCCCCUCAGUUAUUUUGCAUCAGUCUUUCUUUGUACACCUGUUCUAUGGAAACUUGGCCCAAACAGAAGAGUAGGUUUUUACAAUCCUAAAUAUUAUGUUUAUUGGGAGGAAAUGAGAACAUUUUCUUAAUAAAGCAAGCAAAAAAGGAGUGGCUGGAAAUGAGAAGUCUGUAGAAAAAAAUAGACAAUUUUGUUUUAUAUCACUUAAUUAUAAACAAAAAUUGUUACCUUUACUUUAGAAUAAAGCUAUUUUAUAGAUUGUGUCAUAA